UUUCCUCACCUGCUCUGAUUUUUGAACAACAAUUGAACGGCAUUACUUAACUUGUAGGUUGAGCUAUUGAUAUAAUUAAUACAAAUAAUUCUGUUCUGACUGAUCAGAGGUUAAGUAACAAAUCAAACAAACCUAUACUUAACAAAUCAAGAAAUACUGAAGUGAGCCUAAAGUGUGUUUUUGGAAAUUUUGUUAUAAAGAUUCUUUAUUAAAGAACGUUUCGUUGGCUUGGUGUCAUGUGCGUGUUGUUACCAUACGAUGUCAUACUUCGACCUUGACGGGUAUCACCGGACAAUGUGACUUAUUUGAUAAGUCUUCACUAUACUACUGACUGGCUGCCCCCACAGGAAAUGAGAAUGGGCCCCCCUUCACCUUACUUUUGUAUUCAGUGUGGUCAUCCUGCACCACAGGUUUACAAAACUUAUGCAAAUGGAAAUCUUGUCAAGUUGCUGCCUUGUAAAUCUUGUGGAGAACUUAUGGACAAAUAUGUCGAAUAUGAUAACAUAAUUAUCGCUCUGAAUUUAAUACUUCUUAAUCCUAUGGCGUAUAGGCACGUUCUGCUUAAUCAUGCCUUCGAGGGUUUUUGGAAACUGGGCGUCGUGUCCCUCUUUGUUGAGGCGUAUUGCUUCUGGUGCUCUAAAAAAGGGGUGGAACAUGACGACGCGACUGAUUUCUAUGAGUUAGAAAUAAAUUUUUACACUGCCCUAUUGCGAACAUUUUUCGCUACGGUGUUGUUCCAUGCUGCUGUUCUGGGGUCAUGCCUCCUUCUCCCGAAAACAGGAGGUGAUGAGAACAACGUUUUCGGAUUUGGACCACGACAAACAAAUUCCAUGAAACGAGGAAGCAACAAAAGGAGAUCGCUUCCAGGAAAUGUAUCGCCAUCAACAUCAUUCCCUUCUUCAGGGAAUUUACAAUUUUCUUAUCUAACUGUGUGGAAAGGCCUUUGUCUGUCUGGAUUUGCAGAAAUGUUCAAACUUGUCGCACUGAUUUGGAGCUAUGCAAAUGAUUAUGAGAGAAUUUUCCUAGUUGAAUGUUUGUUUGUGUUGAGCAAUACACAAUGCUAUUUUGUGACCACUGGGAUCUCACAAGUCAAGUCAUUUUUCUUAAUUGGAACCUGUUACUUUCUUACUAAAUGUGUUCUGAGAUACUAUGAUCAAUUUAUUACGCUUUAGAAAUCAGAUACCGAUUAUGCAAAUUGUAUUUGUGAUUGAUAACAUUUGCUAAAUUUUAUACUUGUUAGUUACCCAUCUUCUAAUAUGUAUUUAUACUCAUGUUUCUUGUGCAAUUUUUUAUACAUAUUAAUAAACAGUUAAAUCAGUAUAAACGAAA